AGCUGCUCGGUUUACGGUACACGUGCGUGCACAGCUGUCCAGUCCGCUUCGCGGUGUUUAGUCCAGCAUGGCUAAAGUUUCAAAAGCAAAAAUGAGUAAAAAGGUCUUUAAAAAAAGCUCCGAAGUGACGGUGAACAGCACAGCGCUGAAGCCAGAGGUUGUCUACGAUGACGACGAUGAUUUAAAGGGAGCAGAUGAAGAAAUUAUCAGUGAGGAGGAGGAUGGCGAGGAUGAACGAAAACGUCAACAUCUGCUGGAGGCCAUCAGCGCUCUCGGGGGUAAGAGGAGGAAAGCUCUGGGAGAGAGAUCCGAGGCUGCUGUGCAGAUGUCUGAAUUUAUGGUUAAUGCGGAGGACGAGAGUGAGAGAGUGGAAUUGUCCGACCUCAUCCAGAUCAUAGAAAAAACCUCCACCGUCCCUGCCAAGACCAAGAAGCAGCUUAAGAAUCUGCAGCGCAGUAAGACCAUUGAAUGCCCUCUCAGCAAACAGGAGAGUGAGAGGAUUCAGAGAGAUGUGGCUUUUCAGAAGGCAGCUACUGAUAUUAGCCGAUGGAAAAGUAUUAUCUCACAGAACCAGAGGGCCGAGCAGCUCAUGUUCCCCCUCAAUCAGGAGCCUUCGGGCCCCAAACCCAUGGAGAGAGUGGUGACUGGCUGGAAGGCCCAAACCCCACUCGAGCAGGAAAUUUUUGCCCUCCUGUCUGCCAACAAGCAGCCCAUUAACGACCCCAUCCUGACCCCCAUUGAACAGGCUUCAAUGAGGGCGAUGAGCCUGGAGGAAGCCAAGGUCCGCCGCGCAGAGUUGCAGAAAGCCAGGGCUCUACAGUCCUACUAUGAGGCCCAGGCCCGGAGAGAGAAAAAGAUCAAAAGCAAAAAAUUCCACAAAGUACAGAACAAAGCCAAGCGUAAAGAGUUUCUGAAGCAGUUUGACGAGAUGGUAAAGACAGAUCCAGCUGCUGCCUUGGAGGAGCUGAAUAAGAUGGAGGUUGCCAGGAUGCAGGAGAGGAUGUCACUAAAACAUCAGAACAGUGGCAAGUGGGCCAAGUCCAGGGCUAUUAUGGCUAAAUACAAUGAGGGGGCUCGCAAAGCCAUGCAGCAGCAGCUGGAGGUGAACAAACACCUGACCCAGAAGCUGGUGACCUCACUGAAUGGUGAUGAUGAAGAAGAGGAGGAAGCAGGUGACCCAGAACUGCUUCCUGACUUUGUAAAUGAUGCUGAGCAAGAUCUGGAUUCUUCAAAUCCUUGGAUGAGAGGAAGGCUCUCUGAAGAUCCCACAGAAGAAGAAGCGAAUAGUGACACUGUGGGUCUGACAACAGAACAGUCUGGAGGGAUGGAAUAUAUAGCUGAAGAGGAGGAGAAAGUUGAGGAAACGGAAGACAAUGUGAUCCUCAGAGAGUUUGACAGCAGAAGGAAACUGCGCCAGGCCCUGGAGACUGACACAGCAGUAGAAAUGUCUGUGGAUGAGGAGGAAGAGGAAGAAAGCAAAGCUGCAGCUGAGGAUGGAUAUGCUUCUGACAAAGAAGAAGAGAGGCUUUGCGAGUUCACAAACCUUUUCCAUGAAAUAGUUGAAGGUCAGAGUAGAGUUGAAGGAGCAGGUGAUGCUGGUCGCACAGAUACUUCAACUCAGCUGGAAGCAGAAGUGAUAAGGAUCAGGACUUUGGGGAGUGUGGAGCUUCUCACUCAGGACAACUCAGCCACUGAUAAAGUACAUGUUGAAUCCCAGAAGCCCCUAUCCACAGAAAACCUCCCAUCUACAACACAAAAGGCAGGUAAAAGCAGAAAAAGAAAGAAAAAGAUUCAACUGAAAGAAGUACUCACCAAAGAGACAAAAGUCAUGAAAGUCUUGCUCGCUCCAACUAUCGAGGCCUCUGAGGAGUUGGAAGAAAAGCUGGACCAGAGGGGUCUCAUUAAAGAGGCUUUUGCUGGAGACGAUGUCAUCUCAGAAUUCCUAAAGGACAAGAGGAAGCAGGAGGAUGUAGGGACAUCUAAGAUACUGGACCUGACACUACCUGGGUGGGGCGAGUGGGGAGGGACAGGCCUCAAGCCAUCACGCAGCAAACGCAGGAGGUUCAGAGUCAAGAAUGCACCACCUCCACCCAGGAAAGAUCAGCAUCUACCCAGCGUCAUCAUCUCGGAGAAGAGGAACAGCUUCAUCAGCCUCCACCAGGUGAACUCGCUGCCCUUUCCCUUUGAGAAUCACACGCAGUUCGAAAGCACCAUUCGCUCACCACUGGGACGCACCUGGAACACAGAGCGGACUGUUAAAAAGAUUACCAAGCCCAAGGUGGUCACCCAGCUGGGCACUAUCAUUGAGCCCAUGGCUCAGGAGGAGCUGGUGAAGGUAAAAGUGUCUGCAGGAAAAAACAGCUGUGUGGACUCAUUGAAAAUUAAAUAUUAGAAACCGUUAUUACUAUGAUCCAGAGUAAAUAGUAUGUACACAGUGAUGGCAGAUUGUUAGUAUUUCUCCACUCAUCAGUUGUUCUGUGGCUAUUGAGUGAUAGCUUCACCAUUUUAAGAUAGACCUGAAAAACUUACCCUUUAAAUGCAGUUUGUUCUGUAUGGCAUUUUUCCAGACUGUGAGAAUAUCUGAGCAUAUAGAGAGCUGAAAGAAUGCAAACUUCUUUAACUGAUCUCUUUCCUUGAGUUUUUCAUGUGUGUUUGAUAUCAAAAUCAGUGAAAUCAAAUAUAUAAAAUCAAGUAAUUGUUUAAGAAUAUUUGAAAUAAAUUGCACGUUUGGAAUUAAAGAUGUUGUGGCAAGCUUACAAA